UGCUACAAAAAAUUUAAAGAUAUGAUAAAUAACUAAGUUAAUAAAAUUGCACAAAAAUCAAAGAUAAGAAAAUCGGGCAGUGAGUGAUAACGGGAAUUGAAUAAAGUAGAUAAUUUUACAGCGAAAGUUGGCACAAAAUUAAAAAAAAAGUUAGAUAGAUUUCUUUAUUGAAUACUAAGAAAAAGCAUAGUAUUAAAGCAAAAACAACUAAACACAUAUACCAGUCAAGUUUAACUAAACUCGCGACUAAAACUCAAAGAUCAGCAGGCGUCAAGUCGAUUUAACACAACAGAAUAAAGAUUUAGCCGAACACAAAGCAACGAAAAUAAACAAAAUCAACAAAAACAGCAUCGACUUCGGACAUACAUACAUAUAUGUAUAUGCACAUGUACGUGCUUAAUCAUUUAUUAGUAGCGACUUCUUGAUUUGCGAAAGUAUUUCCAUAAAUAAUAAUUUCCCUUUGUUGAAAUUCACCGAAGUCAUAAAAUACAACUCGCUCAAGCGCAACACCUCCAGCCUAGACAAUGGGUAACACGCAAACGAACCACACCACAGUCAACGAGCCACAAACGCCAACGAAUGGCGCUGGUGCAGGUGCCGGUGCAGGUGCGGGGGGUAGCGGUAGCGGCACAUUGAAAAGUCGGCGCGGCAGCCGAGUGAAAGUUUUUGCACGAUUCGGCCAAAGGAAACAAUCGCAGCUGCCAGCGUCCGCGUCGAAGGAGGCCACCGCCACCACCACCACCACUGUGGCCACACCUACAUCGACUUCCGCUUACGAUGACUCCAUCGAGGAGGAGCUGAUGCUACGCCAAAGUCAUGCGGCUGUGAUAAGGCAAUUGGAAGAUGAACAAAUGGAUUUCC